AUGCUCAUGCGCUCUCUCUCGCGCUCUCACGCGCUCUUUCACGCGCUCCCUCACACGCUCCCUCACACGCACCCAAACGCGCACCCUCACGCGCACUUUCACGCGCACUCUCACGAGCACUCUCACGCGCACUCUCACGACCACUCUCACGCGCACUCUCACGCGCACUCUCACGCGCACUCACGUGCUCACUCACGCGCUCUCACGCGCUCUCACGCACUCACUCACGUGCUCUCUCACGCGCUCUCUCAUGCGCACUCACGCGCACUCUCACGGGCACUCUCACACACCCACUCAUGCGCACUCUCACGCUCACACUCACACGCACACUCACGCUCUCUCACGCGCCCUCUCAUACGCACCCUCACGCGCGCACUCUCAGGCGCACACUCACGCGCUCUCUCUCGCGCUCUCUCCCGCGCUCCCUCUCACGCACUCUCACGCACAAUCUCUCUCUCACACACUCUCACGCGCUCUCUCGUGCGCACUCUCAUGCGCACUCUCAUGAGCACUCUCAUGCGCACUCUCACACGCUCUCUCGCGCACUCUCACGCGCUCCCGCACAAGCGCUCUCACGCGCACUCUCAUGCGCUCUCUCACGCGCUCUCUCACGCGCACUCUCUCGUGCGCUCUCACGCGCUCUCUCGCAUGCUCUCUCACGCGCUCUCUCACGCGCUCUCUCACGCGCUCUCUCACGCGCACUCUCACGCGCUCUCUCACGCACACCCUCACGCAAACUCUCACAUGCACUCUCUCUCGCACUCUCAUGCGCACUCUCUCUCUCACGAGCUCUCCCACGCGCUCUCUCACGCGCAUUCUCACGCGCACACUCACGCUCUCUCCACGCUCUCUCACGCGCCCGCUCAUACGCACCCUCACGCGCUUUCUCACGCGCUCUCACACGCUCUCUCACACGCGCUUUCUCACGCGCUCUCUCACGCGCACUCUCACGCGCACUCUCACGCACUCGCUCUCGCGCACUCUCACACGCAUUUUCUCUCUCACGCGCUCUCUCACACGCUCUUGCGCACUCUCACGCUUACUCUCACGCUCUCUCACGCGCUCUCUCAUACGCAACUUCACGUGCGCUCUCUCACGCGCUCUCUCACGCGCUCUCUCACGCGCACUCUCACGCACACCCUCAUGCGCACUCUCACGCGCUCCCUCACGCGCUCUCUCACGCGCUCUCUCACGCGCUCUCUCACGCGCUCCCUCACACGCCUCACGCGCUCCCUCACGCACGCGCUUCCACAGCGCGCUAGGCGCCAGCGCCUUAGGCGCCAGGGCGCUAGGCGCCAGCGCCUUAGGCGCCAGCGCGCUAGGCGCCAGAGCGUUAGGCGCCAGAGCGCUAGGCGCCAGCGCGUUAGGCGCCAGCGCGCUAGGCGCCAGCGCGUUAGGCGCCAGCGCGCUAGGCGCCAGCGCGCUAGGCGCCAGCGCGUUAGGCGCCAGCGCGCUAGGCGCCAGCGCGUUAGGCGCCAGCGCGCUAGGCGCCAGCGCGUUAGGCGCCAGCGCGUUAAGCGCCAGCGCCUUAGGCGCCAGCGCAGAUAUGCGGCUGCGAGUCAGUUAAUAGAUGCAUUCUCGAAUGGCAUUGGCUUAGGUACAACGCCAAGUGCCGGCACUGGAGGCGCAAGAAGCUGGGCUUCGAAGCUCAGAGCAGCACUCAGAACAGCUGCUGCACGCAGGGAGCUGCACACAUGGCAGGCUUCGGGGGAGGAGUUGGGGCAGCUUGAUGCAACAUUCAUGAACGGAGUUCGCAGUGUUGAAUCUGUGCCGGGAUUACGCUGCUGUUGCCUUGUCACUGUUGUACACGAUGUGGGGCUCAUGAAGCUGUCAGGGCGAUUAGUUUUCUGCUGCCCUGUGCUCAUCCAAAGCAAGAAAUGCAGCUUCUUGUAA